CAGUAGUCCGUAGAUACAUAAAUGUUAUCAGACUUGUUCAUCAGUAGUAUUUUGGAGUAAUUUCGUCACCAAACCUUCAGAUUUAAGGUACGUUGAUUCGCAGUGGAUUUAGCUGUUUAAAGUUCAAUCCAAUCGCAUUGUGGUACGUAAAACGGAGUCAGACUGGAGACAACGGAGGCAGCCAACGUCAUCAAUAUGACAAGAGGAACUUUUUCGUGGGAAGAUUUACGAAAGCAAGCGCGACAGUUGGAAAAUGAAAUUGAUGCAAAGUUGGUCAGUUUUAGCAAAUUGGGAUUAGGGUCAACACCUUUCAACAACUCAUCUAAAUCCAAUGGAGAAUCAGCUCAUCUGCUUGGAGAAAAUUUUGCCUUUGAAUCAGUCUCAAGUGAAAUCCAACAACUUCUCAGCAAGUUAACAGAGAUCAACUCCCAAAUGACUGAAGUAUCUGCCUCGCAAGCCCCAAGUGCAGCUUUGCAACACACUCUACAGCGACACCGUGACAUAUUGCAAGACUACACAACUGAGUUCCAGAAGACAUCAUCUCAUUUGUUAUCAAAAAAGGAGAGAGAAGAUUUGCUGGGAAGUGUCAGACGAGACAUAGAUGCCUAUAAAAAUGACAGUGGAAGAAACAGGCGUACUGACCUGUAUCUAAAAGAAAAUGAACACUUGAGAAGCUCUGAUAGAAUGGUGGAUGAUCAAAUCAAUAUCGCCAUCGAGACCAAAGAACACAUAACGAACCAACGCGGAAACCUGAAGCGCAUGCAGGCUCGCGUCAAUGAUUUGGCUUCUCGUUUUCCUGUCAUCAAUAGCGUAGUACAGCGCAUUAACUUCCGGAAAAGAAGGGAUGCCAUCAUUUUAGGAAGUGUCAUUGGCUUCGGAUGUAUUCUCUUGCUCCUCUACUCUCAGCGCUAAAUAACUUUAUAACGAAAAAUUUCUAUAUUUUACACUGUGAUGGCUCCUCCUCUUUUUAUUAUUUCCUAAAGGUUCAUUACAAAGCAUUUUCAGUCA